AUGGAUGUUCAAAGGUUCAAUCAUAGAAAAAAUGAUCAUAUUUCAAGAUAUACUGAGCCAGCUGAUUGGAGUCAAACUACAUUGGAAAAAGAUGCUGCUAAGAUCUACACCAGGUCUAUAUUUUUUGAUCAGCAAUUAGAGAUACAUGGAACAAUUUCCGAAUGUUUGCCGAUGGACACCAAAGUUGAAGGUCCACGUAUCAGAAUAUUGUUGAAGGACUUUAAAGCACAUGGAGAUGGUUUAUUGGAGGUGUGGUUCAAGAAUCUUGAAAAUGAUGUAACUGCACAGUGUAGCUGUUUGCGUUUUGAGCAGUAUGGGCUGCUAUGUAAACACAUCUAUUUUCUUUUCAAGAUGUUUGGUGUUAAAGAAAUUCCAAACAAAUAUGUUACGAAGAGAUGGACGAAGGAUGUGGUGCCCAAUGAGUUAAAUGUGAAGUAUAAUCUAAAUAUUGGUGGUAAGGAUGUGCAACACAAGGCUAAACGGAUUGCUCGUCAUGACAUUCGGACUUGCGGCGAGCUUAAAGCCAAACAACAAGGUAAACAGGGAAAAAAGAAGAUGAAGGGUGUCCAGAUUGAAGAUGGUUUGAGAGACAAAGACAAUGAGGGUGAAGACGACGAAGAGGAAGAUGACUUUGAAGAUUACAGUAGUGAUGAUGGAUCUGAAGAAGAAGAUCAGUGGGAAGAGGUGUCUGGAGAUGAAGAUGACGAGGAUGAGUAA